AUGGAUUCUCUCAGCACUGCAAACACUGAGUUUUGCCUGGAUGUGUUCAAAGAGCUAAACAGUAACAACACGGGAGAAAACAUCUUCUUUUCCCCGCUGAGUUUGCUUUAUGCUCUAAGUAUGAUCCUCCUUGGAGCCAGAGGAAACAGCGCAGGACAGAUGGAAAAGGUGCUUCAUUUUAAUCACAUAGCAGAAGCGUUCAAGCCAGAGCCUAACGACUCAUCUCAGUGCAGUCAGACUGGAAGGAUUCAUUCAGAGUUUGGAGUCCUGUUCUCGAAAAUCAACCAGCCAGAUUCUAACUACACUCUGAGCAUCGCCACCAGGCUCUAUGGGACAAAGGCAAAUGCAUUCCAAGAGACAUAUUUAAACUGUUCUGAGAAAUUGUAUAAAGCCAGGCUGCAAGCUGUUGAUUUUGCACACUCCACGGAAGAAACAAGGAAAACCAUUAAUGCUUGGGUUGAAAGUAAAACAAACGGAAAAGUUACAAACCUCUUUACGAAAGGCACAAUUGACCCUGCUUCCGUCCUUAUCCUGGUGAAUGCUAUUUACUUCAAAGGACGAUGGGAACAUCAGUUUCAAAAAAGAGAAACGGUUAAAAAACCCUUUCAUCUACCUGGGGGUAAAAGUGUGAUUGUGGAGAUGAUGUAUCAAAUCGGGACAUUUAAAUUAGCCUUCAUCAAGGAGCCAGAGAUGCGUGUCCUUGAGCUGCCCUAUGUCAGCAACAGACUGAGCAUGAUUAUCCUGCUUCCCACGGGAUCAACUAAUCUAGAAGAGAUAGAAAAGCAGCUGAACCUGAAGACAUUUCACCAGUGGACCCACGCUUCUGACAUGAUGGAGAGGGAAGUUGAGGUACACAUCCCCCGGUUCAAACUGGAAAUCAAAUAUGAGCUAAAUUCCCUGCUCGGGUCCCUAGGCAUGAAAGACGUCUUCAACCAGAUGAAAGCGAACCUUUCUGGAAUAUCGCCAGGCAAGGGCCUGUUCUUAUCCAAGGUCAUCCACAAGUCCUACGUGGACGUCAAUGAAGAGGGCACAGAGGCAGCGGCGGCCAAUGGGCUCAAUGUUGUAGUCAAAAGACUCCCCCUCCGAGCCCAGUUCUUGGCAAAUCACCCCUUCCUGUUCUUCAUUAGACACAUUCACACCAACACAAUUCUCUUCUGUGGUAAGCUUGCCUCUCCCUAG